AUGUCUUCCUCGGAAUCCGCUACACCAAAUAUGUCUGGGGUUGAAUCUGACUAUUCGUAUGACUCACGCGAGGGUCCAUCAUCAGGCUACUAUGUUUUCGAGUUCGAUGAUGAGCCCAAGCGUCACAUGAGUAGAAGAGAUUUCGUAUUUGAUAUGGUUUCGGCCAUGAAGGAAUGGGACUACUACAAGGAACGUGAAGCUCUACAGAAGCGCUUAGGCGAUAAACACCUAGAGGACGAUUCUGUCCCCAGCGAGCGUCUCGAAAUUCGACACAAAGACUUACCGUCGAAAUUCAGAAAGCAAAGUUCUCUCGACUUUCUACAACGCUGUGUUGCAAAAAAUGUUCUUGCUGGUAGAAAACAUUCUGUGGGACCGCUUUUGCCGUUGCAGCAGUAUAUGAUUCCACUUGUACUCUAUGAGAUUAGCUUCUUGGCAAUGGGUCCAGAAGGAUCUGGAAAGACGAGUGGAUAUUUACUACCGUUAGUGAAUAAACUUGUGGAGUUUAAGGAGAUCGAGGCGCGCGGUCGAAGAGGUCCUCUUGCACUGAUAAUAACGUAUACUGAGAGCAAACUGAAACACAUCAAGAAUCUCUGUAGUUCCUUCUGUGCUGGCACUCCUUUAACCAAGCUGUUUAUGACGGAGGAGGACGUCGAUGUUAUGACUCCAUCUCCUAAUACUGUUAUUGAUUUGUUAUGCGCAACACCACGCACUAUGAUUAACGUUGUGCAAAAAUUUCAGAUAUCGCCGAAGCACUUGAAGUUUGUUGUGGUCGAAGAAUUUCACUAUUGCACAAGGGAUUCUGAUUAUAAGGAGGAUCUGACUGCAUUAACAGGUCUCCUCAACAAAAAUGUCUCGCCAGCUUACAUGUUUAUUUCUCUUCUCAUCUCACCACAAAAGCUGUUUGACAAGAAUUUCAUGAAGGAAGUGGCCCGGUGCAAGCUUGUCAAGCUCAUUGCACCACCAGGAGUCGACCAUAUCAAAAUACUAACUAUUCCGUGCAGAUCAACAUGGUGCCAUUUUGAGUGGACGCUAAGCUUUUUAGCAGGUGACGGUGUAGCUCCAAGGAAAACAGUAGUGCUGGCGAACGAUCCAUGGGUGGUUCAUACUCUGACACUUCGCCUCACAUUAAAUGACGUUCCCAGCAUAUAUUUGACCCACAAAGAUAGUCUGCUUGAAGCUGAAGAAGCAAUUCGAUUGUGGCGUACUGAAGAAUGCCGGGUGAUUGUUGCCGACUAUAAAUCUUUAAGCGAACUAGACUACGGUUUUGUGGAGACGUGUAUUUUAUUCGAGCUGCCUAAUGAUGAUUUUUGUUCGUAUCAAAAGCGUAUUGUCGAGCUGUCUGCCAAGUUGAAUCAUCGAAGGCGGAUCAUAAUUAUGGUUAAUUUGGAACUUGAUUUGAAGAAUACGAGUGCUGUAAUAAAUUUUAUGAAGGACUUUAAGCAACCAUAUCCCAACUUUCUUGAAGUCAUGGAGAAAAAUUACAUAGUGACUAGAUCGAGUGGUUAUGCAUGA